GAGAUAGAGACAGAGACACAGAGAGAGAGGCAAGACGCAGCACAUGGAGGUCAAGCGCCGGACGGCCAAGUCCCUGGUGACGAAGCUCAGCUCCGUCUCCGAGCUCACGCGCACCGAAGCUCUCUGCGAGCUCCGCCUCAUCACCAAGCACGACCCCGACGCUCGCUCCCUCAUCGCCGACGCCGGUGCCAUCCCCUACCUGUCCGAGACCCUCUACUCUUCCUCUCCCGAUGCGCAGGAGAACGCCGCCGUCACCCUCCUCAAUCUCUCCAUCAACUCCAAGGAGGCCCUGAUGUCCACCCGCGGCCUCCUCGACGCCCUCUCCCACGUCCUCCGCCACCACGGCCCCUCCUCCUCCACCCCCGACGCCGCCGUCCAGUCCGCCGCCGCCACCCUCCACAGCCUCCUCAUCGUCGACUCCUACCGCCCCAUCAUCGGCGCUAAGCGCGACAUCAUCUACGCCCUCAUCGACAUCGUCAAGUGCCCCAACUCGCCCCCCAGGUCCGUCAAAGACGCUUUGAAGGCGCUCUUCGGGGCCUCCCUCUACGCGCUCAACAGAUCCACCAUGAUCCAGUUCGGCAUCGUGGCUGCGCUGUUCGGACUGAUCCUGAAGGACGGGAGGGUCGGAUUGGUGGAGGACGCGACGGCCGUCGUGGCGCAGAUCGCGGGGUGCGAAGAGAGCGAAGAGGCCUUCCGGAAGGUGUCGGGAGUCGGGGUUUUGGUGGAUUUGUUGGACGCCGCGACGGGCUCCAGCAUCAGAAUAAAGGAGAAUUCGGUAUCGGCUUUGUUGAAUUUGGCUAGGUGCGGAGGAGAGGGGGUGGUGGAGGAUGUGAGGAGGAUGGGUUUGGGCGUGUUUGAUGGGAUUAACAACGUGGUGGAGAACGGGAGCCCCAAAGGGAAGAACAAGGCCAUGGCGCUGUUGAACUUGCUCGAUACUCGAGGUCUCAGCAGCAGCAGCGAUGGAAGCAAUGAGAAUUUGUUUAGACAUUCGCGGUUUGACUAUCUACUGCAUCAUUCUUCGUGAUCUUUGGAUUCUUAUGCAAUUGAACCGUGAUGCCAUGUCCCUUUUGUGUUUGCCAUAUGGAAGAAAAAAUGUACAGCCCGUGGAGUUCGAUGAUAAUUAGAGGCUCUUGAGCGGUGUCGUUAUCAAAUUUUGUUCGCCUGGAUACUCUGGCUCAUUCUGUAAAUAGUUCUAAUAUUGGAUAUAUGAAAUUCAUACAGUAGUUUUUAGCCA